AUGUUCUGUUCGUCACUACGCAAAAGACAAGAAUGGGCUACGUUACCUUCCACAUUAGUAAUGGAAAAGAUGCCAAAAUGGCGAGAGGGAGCCAUCAACACUCAUGAUCUAUCACUUCCCAUCCCCGUAAGCAAAGAAGGCGAACAUGGGGUUUGUCGUAUGCUCUUGCUUUCUCCAUCUGAUAUGGAACCACCCGCAAACGCAUCCGCUCGAAUCGAAAGACUCUAUCACCAAACUGGGGGCCGCAAUGUAGGAAUUAUCUUCCUUCUUCACGAAAAAAAAGAUAAUGAUAAUGGGAUGAAAGAAUUUAUGAAACUUCGAAUCAGCCUCAUGUCCACUUUCCAAAUCCCAAUUCUGCCUUUAACCUCUGUCUCACAGCUCAUCGCAAUGGUGCAAUCAUUCCAGAGACAACUUUGUAUUAUUCCAUCCUCCUCCAAAAGAGUCGAUGCUCAAUAUGAGCUUCUGCCCUUCUGCAAUGUUGGGAAAGCCAUGACGGAGCAUACCAGGAAUAUUCUCAGUGAUAUCUCUCACAGCAUUCCAGAACUGGCCCAUACAGCUACUACGCCUGAUGGCCAAGAUCGGUUGAGGGAAUGGCUAUCAGAACCAGAACCUAAUCCUGAUGUGGCUGGGGAUGUUAUAGAUUUUAUGAAUAGUGGAAGCAAGAAUAUCUCCUCGAGUGAUAUACCACCUAUGCGAGCGAUUUACCUUCCGAAAUUGUCUUCGAGUGAUGGCGGAUUAAUGGAAAGAUUUGAGAAGAGAAGAGUCUAG